GUGUGUGUUUAGUUUCACUUCCGCACUCCGCUAACGUCUGUAGCAUGUUAGCUUCUUGAACGCCACUUCACACAUUUAGAGAAGAAAGCGCGUUUAUUGUCCAGCACCGAUAAGCGUGCAGCUUCAUUUAAAGCCGUGACUACGUGCACACUUACUUUGCUCUCCACCUGCAACAAGAAAACAGCAGCUUUACUGUUGAAUACAUAAAACCAGGAAGCGACGUUAGCGUGAGGAAGCUCACUACAUCAUCCACUGGACCUGACUGUAAAAACUACAGUUUGUCUGGUUAAACUGUAACUAACAAAGAAGAUUCUCCCACUCGUUUAAAGCAGAAGGAGUCAUGAAGGAGGUGAACAGUCAAAGUGGAGGGUGCUUCCUGGUGUGGACCCUGGCUGUUCAGCUGGUCCUGUGUGGGAGAGGAGUGUACACCAGUGACAUCACCAAGCGCUGUGGACUGGUCUCUGAUUCUAACUCUGAACGGAAAGUCCUCGAACGACUCGAGCCACUCGCCCAUAAGAACUUUUCAGUAGUGACCAAGGAAGAUAAAGGUAGUUACACAUAUACAUUCCAGUUGUGUGGCGAAGCAGCGGGCUUUCCAGAAGCUGGGGUUGUCCAGGUGGACAGCAAGAGUCCAACUAAAUCCACAAUUAUUGGCAGGUUUAAUUCAACACGGGUCAUCGGAGGAAGUGACUGGGUGAUGUUGAUCUACGAAAACGGCGACGCAUACGAUGGCCACUGCUCCAAAGAAAAGAGGAAAGCCAUUAUCAUGAUCUCUUGCAACAGUAAAAUAGGCAUGGGCGAGCUGGAGGUGGUGCUGGAGGACAGGGACAGGGCUCACGACUGUUUCUACCUGUUUGAGCUGGACUCCAGCGCAGUGUGUCCAGUUGUUCCGUCCCAGCUCAGCACUGGCUCCAUAAUAGUCAUCAUUGGGCUCUGUCUUCUGGCUGUGUACCUCAUUGGAGGUUUCCUCUACCAGCGACUGAUUGUUGGAGCCAAAGGGAUGGAACAAUUCCCAAAUUAUGCUUUUUGGGUGGAGGUUGGCAAUCUGACAGCGGAUGGGUGUGACUUUGUGUGCCGGUCACGAAAUCGCGAGGAAGCUCCGGCGUACAGAGGAGUGGCUGCAGAACCUUUAGAAGAUGAGCCAGAGGAGAGAGACGACCACUUACUACCUAUGUGACCUCAAUAUGACAGAAAUGGGACAGAAAGUUUCACUGUGUGACACAGUUUACUCUUUCACAGGUUAGAUGACGUUGCUGUUAGACACAAGUCUUGUUUUUCCUGUGCUGGUUUAGCUUAGGACCUGUUGACACUUUGUGUGUUUACUCCAGACUUGUGCCUAGGGCAACUACUGCGUGAUCUGCUUGUUACUAAAGAGGGCUGACAGACCUGUCUCCUCUCGCUACCACAUGCAUUUCAUUCAGCUGUUUGAUUUCAAACAAAUGAGUGAUAAAUUCGAGAUUACAAAGUGACAAUGACGAGUGACUUGUUUUUCCAUGGAAAUCUGGUACAAAGGGGAGAAGUUAAGAAGUUGGAUUUCAACAUGAUUUAAACUUAAUGAUAUAUUGCUCAUAUUUUUCUGCUCCGCUAAUGAUUGAUUGUUGUUUGAAGUUGGUGCAUCCAGCCGUUCUUCCCGGGGUUUGGUCGUGCACUGGCAAGUUACAAAACACACAAGUGCUUUUUCUUGUGUCAUUUGGCUUUAUGUUUUGAAAGUGAGAGACAUAAUAUGAGAAUGUAAAUGUUUAAUUUUAAGUGCUGUCACCAUGCUUUCAGCCUUCCUACACAAGAUUAAAUCACUGCAAAACAUCAUAGCUUCACAUAGCUACCAUAGCUUCUAUAUCAAUGCUAAUAUCUCCCUAAACUGGUUGGUAUUACCAGCUGCCUGACUGAAAUCUGAGCUUGACAGUUAUAACUAAACAGCCUCUUUUUUUGAUGAGAAAAGUUAAGAAUGCUAUUAAACUGAUAAACUUACAAAUUUGGUAUCUGAAGCAAAGCAUCCUACUGAAAUAAUAAGGUAAUUAGAUCUCAGAUCACUAAUUUCUGUACAUUAAUGCUACUAUCUAGUGAUGUGCAGUCAGAAUAGAUUUAUUUAUAAAUUCUGCAAAUCAUAAUUUAUGAUUUCAAAAUAGUAUGGUGUAUAUAUAUGUAGUAUAUGUACUUUUCAUAUAAUAUACCAUACAUUCACAGUAAAAGACCAAUGUUCAUAAUCGCAUUAAACUAUUUAAUAAAAAUUAUUAAUUAGUAAACUGAUCUGUCAUGAUAAAACUGACCCAAACACACAUUACAUUGCUAGGGAAGAGUAGGUUGUACCAAAUAUUCAGGCUUCAUACCUGAUAUACUGCUUCUUUAGGAAGACAGAGCAAGUAAACAGUAAAAGCACUUAAUUUUCUAUACACCAUGUAUCAAUAUGUUACAGCUGUAAAAAUGUUACAGCUCUGAGGAUAUCAAUAAUGAGGUUUGUAAUAUUUUUUAGAAAUUUCAAAUCUUUGUUAGGAAGUUUAAGUUGUGAAUCAAGAUACUAUAUUAUUGUCAGUGUGAGCACUUCUGUAUGUUUGUGGUUUGUUUCUAUCACUUCCUUUUUGUGUUUAAUACAGCUACAGACAUUACUUUGCUUAGUUUGGUGAAUCAACUGCUGGAAAACGAUCUGGUGGAAAUGGUUACACCUGUGGUUGUAGUGAACUGAACACCUGCUAGAUCAAUACAAUAUAGCCUGUUUGGUCCAAGAAUGAUUUCACGCCACAAACCUUUUUUGUUUGUUUUCUGAUUCCAUCAAAAAUAAAAUAUGAAAGAAGUUAA